AUGGCAGCAGCAGCCGUUCAAACUUCCACCGGGCUAGGUUCCAGUCUGGCCCAGAAGCCCUAUGCCCCGGUUUCCGACAAACCACAUCAUGUCCAGACAACUCUGAACUUCCUCAAGGAAAAUGAAGAUGGAUCCCCGCCUAGCCCAAGCUACGUCGGCAAGCCCGAAUCUUACGAGAAACCAACGGUCCAAGUUGCAACUACCAUCCACGAUAUCAGCGGCCACGAGCUAGACUAUACCCUGGACAGCCACGGGUUCCAACUAUACUACCACAAGAGCAAGGAAAUUGACUUUAUCGAUGACGACAAGAUCAAGAGGGAGUAUUACCCUGAGACAGAGCAGUUGCUGAAGGAUGCUACCGGCGCAUCCAAGAUCUUCAUCUUCGACCACACUAUCCGCCGUGCAGCCAAAGACAGAUCCUUCACUAACACUCUCCGCGGCCCCGUGCAGCGCGUACAUAUCGAUCAAUCCUAUUCUGCAUCCAAGAACCGAGUCUCCCACCAUCUUCCCGACGAGGCACCCGAACUCUUGAAGGGGAGAUACCAAAUCAUCAACGUUUGGCGUCCUAUCAAGACAAUCCUGAAAGAUCCGCUGGCCGUCGCAGACGCACACACCGUGCCGGACAGCGAUCUGAUUCCCAUAGGACUGAUCUAUCCUGACCGUGCGGGCGAGACUUAUGGCGUAAAGCCGGAUCCGAAUAUCAAGUGGUACUAUCGGUAUGGGCAGACGCCCGAUUUGGUGACAUUGAUUAAAUGCUUUGAUUCGAAGACGGAUGGACGGGCUCGCCGGGUGCCUCAUACGGCGUUUGUGAAUCCGGAGACGGAGAAUGAGCCUGGUAGGGAGAGUAUUGAGGUUCGGGCAUUGGUUUUCCAUCCUGAUGAUCGGGACUAG